GGUCUGCGCGGCGGCCGGGGAUCAUGUCCGCUCCGCCAGCUCUCCAGAUCCGGGAGGCGAACGCGCACCUGGCGGCCGUGCACCGGCGUGUGGUGGAGCUGGAGUCCCGGCUGCUGGCGGCAGAGCGCACGGUGCGCGCGCAGGCCGAGCGCCUGGCCCUCCACGACCAGCAGCUGCGCACCGCUCUGGACGAGCUGGGCCGCUCCAAGGACCGGGAGAUAUCCACCCUCCAAAAGCAGCUGCUGAGCUCUGAGGCUGUUGUCCGCAGCCUGCAGGCCGAAGUGGACCAGAAGGACCAGAUGAUCCAGCAGCUGCAGCCCCGGGCUGACCUUCUACAGGACAUCACUCGCUGGCGACCACCCUUGGCUGCGCUGCUGGCAGCUCUGGAGGAGGCUGAGCAACUGGGUCCCUUGCCUGCCAGCAACCAGGGUCAGCUACUUCCCGAUGGGCCAGGUCCACCCCUGGGCAACAGCAUAGAGGAAGAGGGCCAGGACGAUCUGCAGCCUGCCGUGUUUGGGACCACGGUGUGAGCUACCCUAGUGGAUCAGAUCUCAGCACCCGUGGCCAAGGUCCAGAGCCCUGGAUGUCACCAGUGUCCCCGAGACAUCCAGCUAAACAUCAAAACAAAUGAAAGGCCAAUAUCUCAUUUAAAAGUUUUUCCUCCAAUGCUUGGGGUAUCUGCUACAUUCAGUUAAUUUUAAAUAAUUUUAAAAACAAAGGCUAGGGCAGUGGCUCAAUGGAGGAGCUCCCACCUAGCAUGCACAGGCGUGGUGGCAGACUGACAGACAGACACCUGCCAUCCUAGCACUAGUGAAGUAAUGGAAGUCUGACCCCUCAUCUCAGUUUGACUCUGAAACUGUGCUGUUUCCUGUUUGAGACAGGGUCCCACAUAGCCCAGGCUGGCCUCUCACUGUCUAGGGAGGGUGAUCUGCUGGGAUGACAGGCACCCACCACCAGGCCCUAUCUGUCGUCUUUGGGUUUUCUGUUUUUAUUUUUGCUGUGAGAUGGGGUCCCCCUCCAUAGCCCAGUGCUUUUAAUGUAGGUCUGAGCCACUGUGCCCUGCUGAUGGGAGCCCACUUUUUCACUCUUGUGCCUCCUGAACCGUCCGUCAUCCCUCAUCUGGGGCAGAGUGUCCUCUUCAUUUACCUUCGGUUGCUUCUGUGUAAGAAGACAAAUCAUUAAUCCUGCAUUGAUUUCCCUCCACCUCUGGGGAGAGCAGGCAGGUUGAGACAACACCGUGAAAGCCUCAGCCUUUGCCUCAGGGCCUCUGCAUUGUCUGUUCCCUGUGCCUCCGUGCUUUUCCAGGUGACACUCAGGUUUCUCUCAAAUGUCUCCUUCCAGAGGGGCCUUCUAACCAGCCUUCCUGUAGUAACUCCUACAACCAGGUUGCUGCCUUCCACUGUGAUUGUUUGAUUUGGUUUUUUGACGCAUAAUCUUGUGUAGUUCAGGCUGGCCUCAAACUUUUUAUGUAUCUUGGGCUGGCUUUGAACUUCUGAUCCUCCUGCCUCCUGUCCAUAUAAGUGCCUGCCACGGCUGGCUAGCCCUGAACAGCCAGGAGCCUCCCUGACAUCUGUGAACCCUUGCCCUGUUCUGGGGACAAUGGUGUUUUUGUAGCAAGUGUCCUUUGAUACCCAAAGAGAAUCUAUCUUUAGCUCCUAGUCUCAGUGCUGCCCCGGCCAUCGGCCAUCGAUAGUGAGGGUGUGUUGCCUUUGUUCAAGCUCUGAGAGUAAUGGUCCCCCACACCCCUGCAACCAGCACUUGGUCUGUUGAGUUUCAUGGUCCCUGAGGUCAGGGAGUAGUCCUUGAACAGCCACCAAGCAGGAAGGUAGGAGCUGCUCCAAUCAGAAGGGCUUCCAGCUGGCCAGUCCCUGGGCGGUGCUAACUUCCUGCCUGGGACCCUCAGUAGAGGAGACAGAGGGGAGAAGGGAGUUGUUUAUAAGGGGGAGGCAGGCUAGGGCCUGUCCUGUCUGCACCAGAAUAAACUAGUCAUUUCUCA